AUUCGAUUGAAAUUUGUCAUUGGUGUAUUUUCUGUUUUAAAAAGACUCGCAUUUUUCAAAAGUUGCAGAAUGGUCGAAUUAGUAAAGAGCCAAAAGGUACAAACCUUUGGCCGCAAGAAGCGCGCUGUCUGCGUAGCCCUCUGCACCAAGGGAUCUGGAAUGAUUCGCGUAAAUGGCCGUCCAUUGGACUCAAUCGAGCCUCCCACACUCCGCACAAAGGCACUGGAAUCGCUCUACGUCAUUGGCACAAAACGCAUUUCAAAGUUGGACAUUAGACUCCGCGUCCGCGGCGGUGGUUUCACCUCCCAAGUCUACGCCAUUCGCCAGGCCAUCUCAAAGGCCGUCGUCGCCUUUUACCAAAAGUACGUUGACGAGACCUCCAAGAAGAAGAUUGUCGACGAGCUCGUCAGCUACGAUCGCUCACUCUUGAUUGCCGAUUCACGUCGCUGCGAACCCAAAAAGUUUGGCGGUCCAGGUGCCCGUGCUCGCUACCAAAAGUCUUAUCGUUGAUUUAUU